CUCAAAACCAUUUAAAGAACAGGCUUACACAUCUUUGGUUAGACCCUCUUUAGAAUAUGCUUGCUCUGUUUGGGAUCCGUACACAGAAAAUAACAUCAACAAAGUAGAAAUGGUCCAGAGGAGAAGAGCCUGAUAUGUGUCAAAUCGCUUUCUAGUGUAACAGAUAUGAUUGGUACUCUUGGCUGGAUGCACACCUAAAGCCUUUACCCAUUACAACAUGGUUUUCGGAAGGGCCGGAUUAUCAUGCGACACUUAAUUACUGAAAUUCAUAGACGACAUCACCAAAAACAUAGAUGCAGGACUUUCAGUAAAGCAUUUGACAAAGUGAGUCACAGCCUACUUGUUCAUAAGCUUGAGCACUAUGACAUCAGAGGGAAAACCAACACCUGGAUAAAGAACUUCCUCAUAGAUUGUAAGCAGACCGUAGUCGUAGAAGGGGAAGCAGGAGAUUACAUCAGUGUGGAGUCUGGAGUCCCUCAGGGGUCGGUGCUCGGGUCGAGUCUAUUUUUAUAUUGCAUUAACAACAUGCUGGAUAACAUCAGAUCAACGUCAUAUCAAUUCAGCUGUGAAGUUGAAUCAUCAUAUCUACAAAAAUGUUGAGAAAGGAACGAAUCAAACAAGUGUGAUGGUGAUGCAUGGUCUGAUGGGCUCCAGUAACAACUGGAGGAGCUUAUCCAAGGCAUUGUGUAAAACAGGACGAAAGGUGAUAGCAGUCGAUGCCAGAAAUCAUGGAGCAAGUCCUCACAAUGAACACAUGAGCUAUUUCCUCAUGUCAGACGAUGUCCUUCGAUUAAUGGAUGAACUUGGCGAAGAACGAGUGACCUUGAUGGGACACAGUAUGGGAGGCAAAGUCUUAAUGACCCUGGCACUUACACAUCCAGAUCGUGUGAAGAACCUGGUGGUGGUAGAUGUGUCACCCAGACCUCGUCCAGCCUCCGUCACCCCGACCACGAGCGCCUACCUCCAGUCCAUGUUGAAGAUCACCUCGUCUCUGUGUGACACUACCCUUACCUCCCUAUCACAAGCCAAGCAGCAUGCAGACAAGAUCCUACAGGAGACGGAACAGGAUGUUAGCAUUAGACAGUUUCUUAUUACAAACUUGGAGCACAUAAAUGGCAGGUUCCGAUGGAAAGUAAAUUUAGAUGCGAUUAUCAACAGUAUGCCAGAACUGGGAGGUUUUCCUGAAUUCAGUCAACAAUUUACUAGACCUACACUUUUCGUCGGAGGACAGAACUCAAAUUAUAUAUUGUCAUCUGAUAUACCGAGGAUACAGGAGCUGUUUCCAAAAGCUGUAGUAAAACACAUAGACAAUGCAGGGCAUUGGGUACAUGCAGAAAACCCACAUGAAUUUUUAAAAGUGGUGAAAACCUUCCUAUUGGAAAACGACGAAGAAAGACCUUGUAAAGGAUAACAUAGAUAAAAAAAAUAUACUUCUGAAAGUGUCAAAUGUCUAAAAGGAUUUAAGUACUGCAAAGUGAGAUUGUGCAUGCAUGGAUUUCUGUCCUAGUAAAAAGCAUGUAUCCACACCGAGUGAUUUGCGCUUAAAUUAGAACUUGCACUUCAACAAAGGUUUCUGUUUUAACAGUAGGGGUGAAAUAUAUCGAGUGUGUUCAUGAUCACUUCCUUGUAGUGAAACAGAAUAUAUAUAUUCAGGCUGAGUUUUUAUGAAGAUCUUAUUUUUAGCGUAACUCUGAUAAGGAAAUUUCAGAGUUAUAAUAUACAAUAUAUGUAAUUAAUAUUAAUAAGUGCAUUUAAGUAACCAUGGAAUGUCUGAAAUAUUUUAUACACAGUCGUUUGAGUAAUUUAUACAAGUAAUUUAUACAGUCAUUUAAGUAACAUGUGCUACCCCGGUGAUAGAAAUGAUCCAACUGAUCGUCUAAAUUCACACUGGCAGUUCUUGAUGACUAAUCAGGCUUUUUCCAUUCAGCUCCAUAAAGCUUUAACUCAUUCACCCCUGAAGUUUCAUAAUGAACUAUUCCAAUCUUUGAACUUGAAGAGUUCAAAUUUGUCUUGCUCUACAGGGACGAAUGAGUUAAAAGGACAGCUUAGUCCUGAAAUGUAAAAACCCUUCCAUAAGCCUUUAUAUGAAGAAAUAAAAAGACAAAGAAUCACUCCAUAAAUACCUUGAUGAAUCUUUAAAGAGGAAAAUCUUUAUGAUAAAGUAUCGUGGUAUUAUAUAUGAUGCCAGAUAGUGUGAUAACAGGUCUGUUAGUAGAGGUCCUAGAGGUCAACAUCAAAGGAAAUACAUGCCCAAUGUAACUGAUGCCAAUACAUAUUUAUAGUAAACUAUCGAUAGGAUGAUGUCUCCACAAAUUAUAAAUACUACCGCUUAUUGCAAUAUGCACAGGUACAUAUAUCUAAAUAUGUCUUUUUAACAUAUUGUUGUUUGAUGUAUCAACCAGAACAUUGUGAUAAAAUGUGAAA